GUGUGCCCAAGCGUAGCCCAGGCCCGAUGGAUCCGACCCGUCAGCCGGAGAUGGCGAUGGAGAAAAAACUGGUAGUCUGAUUAAAAAAGGGCUGUGGCGCCCGUCUCUUUUUUUGUUUGCUCUUUGUCUUUGAUUGUCCUUGUCUUGUCUUGUAGUGUUUGUAUGCUAUGACGCGAUCCUCAUAGCCAGCACUGAUAUAAGCGCCGUCUCUCAGUAAACUACAACACAACAGAAAGAAACAAAACGAAACCAGGAAUACACACACAAUGCGUUGGGCUUUCGUCUCGGCGUUUGUCUCGCUGGGCAGCCCGGCCAUCUCCAAGGCCCAGCAGUGCUGUCCUUGCCCAACAACUUCUUCUCUAGCGUCGUCUUCGCUUCUUUCUUCCGCGCCUACUCUCGUCUCCUCUACUCCAGCAUCCUCCUCUGUACCCCCGCCAGCGUCUUCGUCUCCUUCUACACCACUGCCUCAGGGCCGCACCGUCACCAGCACCGUCCUCAUAAUCGCCAAGGAUGACGAUGAGGUCGGCACCGCCAGCCCGGUUCUCGAUGGCUACGGAAUUCCCUGGCAGAAGCUGCUGGUCCCCAAGGAUGGCACUGCUUUACCGCCACUCAACACCACAGCCACCGAUGGCCUCUUCGGCAGCAUCAUCAUGGCCGGUGGUAUUGUCUACGAGUACAACGGCGCAUACCGCAGCGCCUUGACCGACGACCAGUGGAAGCAGCUCUACAACUACCAGACUUCUUUUAGUGUGCGCAUGGUCCGCUUCAACGAGUAUCCUGGCAGCGCCUUUGGCACAACGCCCGUCGAUCCCAGCAACCCGGGCUGCUGCGCCGACGACAUGGACCAAGGCAUCAGCCUGGUCGAUGUCACCUCCAUCCACAGCGCCAACCUCAAGCCUAAUGCUCCCCUCUCCAUGAAGGGCCUCUACCACUACCCGGCCAAGAUUACCGACCCUUCCACAACCACCAUGUUCGCCGCCCUCGAGCCCGUCAGCCGAUUCCCGGGCCGUUCCGUCGGUGCCGUAGUCAACAACUUCAGCGGCCGUGAACAAAUGGUCUUCUUUACCGCCCUUGCCCCUCAAUGGUCUCUCACCUCUGUCUUCCUCCACCACGCCUCCAUCCACUGGAUGACCCGCGGUCUCUUCAGUGGCAAGCGCAAGGUCCAUCUCAGCCCUCAGGUCGACGAUCUCCAGAUCCCCACGGCGCUCUUCUACCCCAACGGUACCAAGUUCCAAAUCUCCACGGCAGAUCUCGACGCCCACGUCCACUGGCAGGCCCAGCUCAACACCCAUCUCCCCGCCGGCUCCGAGUUCCGUCUCGAAAUGGGCCACAAUGGCAACGGCAACAUUCUCGAAGCUACAAACUCUACCUCAGGCAAGGACAAAUGUGACCCAGCAAACGCCAUCGCCUUCAAAAUGCCUCCUGCCACACCAAUCGAGUUCAAGAAGCCUCUUGGCUCUGGUGUCGAUAACUGGCCUGCAUCGUAUCAGCACUAUCAGUGGUCUGACGCCUGCUCUAACCUAGGAACCUUUGCCAACUGGUUCCGCAACCCAGACAACCUCAAUGCCUUUAGCCACGUCUCCCACACCUUCAGCCAUGAAGAGCUCAACAACGCCACAUACGCCGAUGCCCUUCGCGAGACGCAGUUCAACCAAGCCUGGAUGAAGCAGGUGGGCAUUGACCGUGCUGACCGCUUCUCCCCGAAGGGCCUCAUUCCUCCCGCCAUUACGGGUGUUAAGAACGGCGAUGCCAUCAAGGCAUGGGCCGACAGCGGCGUCACCUUCAUUGUUGGUGACAACACACGCCCUACGCUGCGCAACCAGCAGAGCAAGUACUGGCCGCUUGCUACAACCAUGGACAUGAACGGCUACGACGGCAUGUGGAUUAUCCCUCGCUACACGACGACCAUCUACUUCAACUGCGACAAGCCCGAGUGCAUCCUCAAGGAGUGGCAGGUGAUUGCUGGCCGCACCGGUACUUUUGACGAUCUUCUGACCGAUGCCCGCCUCACCAACACGCACUACAUCAUGUCGUUGUCUGCGGAUCCCUUCAUGUUCCACCAGGCCAACAUGCGCCAGGUCGACAUGCCCGAGACGACAGUCGGCUCGCAGACGGGCAAGAUGUCGCUGCUGAUGAGCUGGAUGGAGACGAUUACCCAGGAGCUUACUCGUCUCACCAACUGGCCCAUUACAUCGCUCAAGCACGAUGACCUGGGCAAUUACUUUUUGGAUCGCAUGGCCCUAGAUGGUUGCAAGCCCAGCAGCAAGUUUGUCUUUGGCCCUGACGGCAAGUCGAUUGUGCAAGUCGUUGUGAGCACAAAGGACAACACUUGCAGCGUCCCCGUGCCCAUUACUAUCCCGCAAGGUGCUGCUACUGGAGAUGAUAUCGAACAAGAUGUCGUCGGAAGCGAGCCUCCUAUUGUUUGGGUUACGAUGAACGGCAGCCCUGUGACGGUCACCUUGUCGAACCCCGUCCAGGUAUAA